CUCGAGCUGUGGACCUCAGGAAAAGAAGAGACUGGGAUUUUACAGGAGCAUACGAAUUCACUUUCGCCGUACUUUUCACAGUCGGCUACGGCAACAUUACGCCCCAGACUCCAACAGGGCGUGCUUUGACCAUCCUCUAUUGCCUGGUGGGCCUUCCAUUAUCCGCUUUGGCUACCAAAAGUGGCGGCGAUGUUGUCAUCCACCUAGUGCGCAUGUUCGUGACUUUCAUCUCCCGCCUGGUCUUCCGUACCCCUGUGUCGCGCCACCCUUUGAGGCGAUGCCUGUUGAUUGGUGUGGCCCUUGUGACGGUCUUCCUGUGUAUAAUGGCAGUGGUGGGGAUGCACCUGGACAAUUGGAUCUUCCUGGACAGUUUUUACGCUUGGUUUAUCGCUUUUACUACCAUCGGUUUUGGUGAUUUUGUCCCUCUUGAGAAUUACAUGCAAAGGGAACAGGGGAGUUUGAGAUCGGCGUUUGUUGGUGUUUUUCUAGCUUUUCCCUACUUUACUGGCUUUUGCGUUCUGGCCUGUCUGGUAAAUUUGCUGGUAUUAUGUUCGGAGAAAGGCUACAGAAAUGUCAUCUGUGGUAAAGAAACUGUAGAGAUUGAGUGCGAGAAGCCCCGAGAAGGUCAACAAAGCAUUUCCAGGUGUUUCAAACCAUGUAUAACAUACUCUCGACGAUGCAGUGUUUGAGUUAGCCUGAGUACCAGGCCCUCUAGGUUGUGUCCAGGUCUCAAGACUGGGCACAAGGAACAGUCUUCACCAGGCCACAUUCAUAUUCUGAGUGUACGCUUGCAGCACGCUCCCUGUGUUUUGAGACGACGACG